CGAAGAGAUCAAGACUAGGACUAGGUUGAAAAAGCAUACGUGGUCUACCUUUGGUUAAACAAAGAAAAAAAACAUGGCGGACCAAGUGUCUGAAAAACAUUGCAAAUGAAUUUUGCCCCUAAACCUUUAGCUCUAUCGGUUUUUCGUCAUGCAAUUAAUGCUAGUAGGCAAGUAAGGUUCAUUUGCAAUGGUCUGAAUUUCUUACACUCGUAUAUUGGGCGCUUUUGUGGGAUUCUUCCAUUGUUUGGGACCCGAUUAUCCGGUCGCUGUUAUUAUCAUGUUGUUAAACUACAAGAAGAGGAUAUCGAAGAAAGGUUUGUGAAAGGAUGGGGGAAAGGCGGACAAAAAGUCAACAAGACAAACAACUGUGUGGAGCUGCGGCAUGUACCAACCGGAAUUGUUAUCAAGUGCCACCAAACACGGUCUCUGACAAGGAAUCGCAGCAUUGCCAGAGAACUCUUAUUAAACCAGCUGGACCAGUUAUACAAUGGAAAAGACAGCAAAGCUGCGAUACAGAUUGCUAAAAUAAAAAAGAGGAAAGCUACUUAUGCAAGAAGGAGAAAACAAAGGGAAGAAAUCAUUGAUAGCAUUGACAGUACAACAGAUGCUAAAUCAUAAUAACUAUGUAGUGUACAUACUAUUCUUUUAAUUGACAGGCGCUUUGCCAUUCAUGAAAAAGGGAGGGGUACAACCCUCAGCAAAAAAAAACUCAGCCCUAAAAAUAUUGCUUUAAGUUACAGUAAAAGCACAGCUAAUGAUUUAUCUCCCAGUUGAUUUAAGCAAUUUUGGUAUUCUUUAGCCUCCAAAAUCUAAUACAUCCCUGUGAGGAACAUGGCGGCAAUUCUCUGCCACACCAUUCUUUAACAUCUUUAAUAACAAUAGUGUUUCUCAGAUCAAGUCUGAUAUCAGCUUAUUUGCUGACAACUGUGUCAGAGAGAAGAGCAAAGGGACAGCACUUAACUUCAAGAGUCGAUGACAGGUCACAACUUCUGGGUGGUUCUUUUUAGCCCCACUCACCCCCUCCCUUGGCACAGGCCUGUUCUCAGGGACCAAACAAAUGGAUAUUAUACUAGCAAUAAUACUUCAUUUACUAUAAUAGUUAAUUUAUUAUAAAAUCUUACACAUACAAUCAAUUCUAUUAACAUUGUCCAAGGAAAAAAAAUGAGCAAGCUAAGUAAAAUGUCCUUAUGAAA